CGAGCCACUGAUAACAAAUUAAAUUAAAUUAGUACGUUCAGACGAGACACGCGGACUCCAGAUUAUUUAGAUUUUUAAAUUACGUAAAAUUAUUUUUUAAUUAGUGAAUACGUUAUAAUAUAACGUAUUACAGUAUUUUUCGAAAAACUUAUAUAGUUUUAUGUAAAAUAUGACACUGUGUACAAUGAGUCUCGAUACAGACAAAUUUAUAAUCGAAAUUGAGAAGCGUGUAGAAUUGUGAGAUACAGCAAGUCCUAAUUAUGCAAAUAAAAUAAUUAAACAAAACUCAUGGCUGGAAAUAUGUCGAUUAUUCCAUGAAGGAUAUGACUCAAUGACAACAAAUCAACAAAAAGAAGUUUUGCAAGAGUUACAAAGAAAAUGGAAGAGUUUGAGGAACUCAUUUUCUAGAGAACAGGCUAAAAGAAAGAAUUUGAAAUCUGGGUCAGGAGGAAGUACAUGGAAAACAUAUGUUUAUUACAAUCAACUAUCGUUUCUUUCUUCUUGUGCAGCAAAUAAACUGACAACUUCAAAUUUAAGUUCAUCACAUGAUUCUCCAGAUGAAAAUGAAAAUGACAUUGAAGAAGUUAAUAGUGACUUGAAUGAAACUACUGGAGAAGUUUUAGAAAAUGUUUUACGUCACAAGCCCGCCAAAAAGCAAAAAACUGUUGAAAAUGAAUAUGAAAAUGAAUUUUUCAACUCUGUAACGAAAAGUUUACAAGAAAGGGAACGCAGAGAAAAAGUAUACAUGGAAGAUCCAGAUCGCUUGUUUAUGUUGUCACUUGUUGAUGACCUUAAGCAAGUACCUGCCCAUUUAAAAAUGUCCGUAAAAUCGAAUAUUAUGCAAGCUAUAUCUAAUGGAUUGCAGAUGCAAAAACCUCCAGGUAUGACGGCGAUUUUUGAUCCAUAUUGUCAACUUAAUAAGCAGUACAGUAUCCCCAUGUCACCCUCAAUUCAUCAUACACAAUAUAAUACUCAAUAUCACCGACCGCGAUCCAGCUUUCAACAACCAUUAGUGAUAACUGGGGAACAACAACAUAGCCCUUGUUCAUCUAAUCUUUCUAAUCACUCAUCAACAUCGAGGUCAACUUCUCUAUCAGAAUCGUCACAAAGCUACGUCUCUCCUAUUGAAACAUAUUCUAAUCAGUCAUCAAAUGAACCAAAUUUAGUAACAUAUAUAAAUGAUUACAAUAUUAAUGAUUGAUACUUUCAUAACAUAUAUAGUGUAAAAGUAGUUAAAUAA